UUUCCAUGAGUCGAGUUUACUUUCGGUUCUCCUAUCCGCGCAAACGUCUGACUGCAGAAAGUUGUCUCAAAGUAUUUUACUUGAAAUGUUGGAGCGGCUGGCUUGACCGCAGUCACAAGGAAGAAAGAAGGCUCAUUGAUGACAGUUUUACACACUUGGGAUUCUUUCAAUCAGCUUCAGCUUAUGUAGAAGUGUACAUUCUACCAUGCAUCAGCCUGAGCAGGAAGAUGAGGACGUCCCGCCCUCCAACAUCUCUCCGUCUGAGGCACAUGACAGCCAGGCUGAACCUGAGAGGCCUGAACAGGAGAGAGCAGGUUCUCCUGUACCAAGCAAUGUGUCCAUGAAGAGUGACAGGUCCAUGGAUUACCCUACUGCUUUUAAACAGCAAGACUCAAUUCCUGAGCCUGAACAGGAAAGAGCAGGUUCUCCUGUACCAAGCUGUGUGUCCAUGAAGAGUCAAAGGUCCAUGGAUUUCCCUAUUUCUUUUAAACAGCGAGACUUAAUUUCUAAGCCUGAACAAGAAAGAGCAGGAUCUCCUGUACCAAGCAAUGUGUCCAUGAAGAGUCAAAGAUCCAUGGAUUUCCCUAUUUCUUUCAGACAGCAAGACUUAAUUUCUAAGCCUGAACAGGAAAGAGAAGGUUCUCCUGUACCAAGCAAUGUGUCAAUGAAUAGUGACAGGUCCAUGGAAUACCCUCCUGCUUCUAAACAGGGAGACUUUAUUUCUGAAGUUCACCAGGAGACGACAGAGGAGUUCAGUGACUGUCUAUCAGAACUGGGCGUCAUAUUUACGCAUCUUGAGGAGAACAUUGUUACUUUUGUGAAGAACGAGCUCAAGAAAUUUAAGAAACUUCUGAGUCAAAAUUACUCAGAAUGCUUUGACGGCCAACGUGAGGAUGAGGAGGCUGGUCAUGGUGAGGAGGAAGAGCAGAAGAGGAGCAGCAGAAAGGCCUUUGUGAAGAUCACACUACAGUUCUUAAGGAGAAUGAAGCAGGAGAACUUAGCUGACUCUCUGCAGAAGAGAACUCUUGCUCCACUGUGUCACCGUAAACUUAAAUCUAACCUAAAAAAGAAGUUCCAGUGUGUGUUUGAGGGGAUUUCUAAAGCAGGAAAUCCAGCCCUUCUCAAUCAGAUCUACACAGAGCUCUACGUCACAGAGGGAGGGACAGCAGAAGUCAAUGAAGAACAUGAAGUCAGACAGAUUGAAACAGCAUCCAGGAAUCCAGACAGACCGGAAAUGGCAAUCAGAUGUGAAGACAUCUUUAAGGCCUCACCUGAGACACAUCAACCAAUCAAAACAGUGAUGACAAAGGGAGUAGCUGGCAUCGGGAAAACAGUCUUAACGCAGAAGUUCACUCUGGACUGGGCUGAAGACAAAACCAACCAGGACGUGCAGUUCAUGUUUCCAUUCACUUUCAGGGAGCUGAAUGUGCUGAAAGAUAAAAAGUUCAGUUUGGUGGAACUUGUUCAUCACUUCUUUACUGAAACAAAAGAAUCAGAAAUUUGCAAGUUUGAAGAGUUCCAAGUUCUGUUCAUCUUUGAUGGUCUGGAUGAGUGUCGACUUCCUCUGGACUUCCACAACACUGGGACCCUGACCGAUGUUACAGAGUCCACCUCAGUGGAUGUGCUGCUGACAAAUCUCAUUACGGGGAAACUGCUUCCCUCUGCUCGCCUUUGGAUAACCACACGACCUGCAGCAGCCAAUCAGAUCCCUCCUGACUGUGUUGACAGGGUGACAGAGGUCAGAGGGUUCACUGACCCACAGAAGGAGGAGUACUUCAGGAAGAGAUACAGAGAUGAGGAGCAGGCCAGCAGAAUCAUCUCCCACAUCAAGACAUCACGAAGCCUCCACAUCAUGUGCCACAUCCCAAUCUUCUGCUGGAUCUCUGCAACAGUCCUGGAGGAUGUGUCGGAAACCAGAGAGGGAGCAGAGCUGCCCGUGACCCUGACUGAGAUGUACAUCCACUUCCUGGUGGUUCAGUCCAAACUGAAGAACGUCAAGUAUGAUGGAGGAACUGAGACAGAUCCACACUGGAAUAAAAAGACCAGUAAGAUGAUUGUGACUCUGGGAAAACUGGCUUUUGAGCAGCUCCAGAAAGGCAACUUGAUCUUCUAUGACUCAGACCUGGCAGAAUGUGGCAUUGAUAUCAGAGAAGCCUCAGUGUACUCAGGAGUGUUCACACAGACCUUCAAAGAGGAGCGAGGGCUGUACCAGGACAGGGUGUUCUGCUUCGUCCACCUGAGCGUUCAGGAGUUUCUGGCUGCCCUUCAUGUCCAUCUGACAUUCAUGAACUCUGGUGUCAAUCUGCUGUCAAAAGAAAAACCUUCCAGGUGGUCUAAACUGUUUGGAAGCGAACCUGAACCCUUCUACCAGAGUGCUGUGGACAAGGCCUUACAGAGUCCAAAUGGACACCUGGAUUUGUUCCUCCGCUUCCUUGUGGGUCUUGCACUACCGUCCAAUCAGAGUCUCUUACGAGGCCUGGUGACACAAAGAAGAAGCAGCCCAGAGACCACUCAGGGAACAGUCCAGUACAUCAAGACAAAGAUCACUGAUCUGCCUCCAGAGAGAAGCAUCAAUCUGUUUCACUGUCUAAAUGAACUGAAGGACUCUUCUCUAGUGGAGGAGAUCCAACAGUACCUGGGUUCAGAACGUGUGUGCACAAGUAAAUUCUCUCAUAGUCAGUGGUCAGCUCUGGUCUUCAUCUUACUGACGUCUGGAAAAGAUUUGGACGUGUUUGACCUGAAUAAAUACUCUGCUUCAGAGGAGGCUCUUCUGAGGCUUCUGCCAGUGGUCAAAGCCUCCACUAAAGCUGUGCUGAGUUGCUGUAAUCUGUCAGAGAAAAGCUGUAAAGCUUUGUGCUCAGUUCUCAGCUCCCAGUCCUCCAGUCUGAAAGAGCUGGACCUGAGUAACAAUGACCUGCAGGAUUCUGGCGUGGACUCGCUCUGCGCUGGACUGGAGAGUCCACACUGUACACUGGAGGUUCUCAGGCUGUCGGGCUGCCUGAUCACAAAGAAAGGCUGCACUUCGUUAGCCUCUGCUUUGAGAUCCAACCCAUCCCAUCUGAGAGAGCUGGACCUGAGCUACAAUCAUCCUGGAGACUCAGGAGUGAAGUUGCUUUCUGAUGGACUGAAUGAUCCAAGCUGGAGGUUGGAAACUCUCAGGUUAGACCAUGGUGGAUCACAGACAAUGAAACCUGGUCUGCGGAAGUACGCCUGUGAACUCACACUGGACACAAACACAGCAAACAGAAAACUGAUAUUUUCAGACCACAACAGAAAGGUGACAGCAGGAAAAGAGACACAGCCAUACCCUGAUCAUCCAGAGAGAUUUGACUACUGGAAACAGCUGCUGUGUACAGAUGGCUUGACUGGUCGCUGUUACUGGGAGGUAGAGUGGGAAGGAAAGGUUUACAUAGCAGUGACGUACAAAGGAAUCAAAAGGAGAGGUCAAGGUGACAACUGCUGUCUGGGAAGGAAUGAUCAGUCCUGGAGUCUGUGCUGCUCUGAUGAGGGUUACUCUACCCUGCACAGUAACAAAAGAGCAUCCAUCUGCAUCCCUGCCUUGAAAAGAGUCGGCGUGUACCUGGACUGGCCUGCUGGCAUUCUGUCCUUCUACAGAGUGAGUGACAAGCUGACCCUCAUCGAGACCUUGCACACCACAUUCACUGAGCCGGUCUACCCUGCAUUCAGGGUUAGGCUGGACCCGUUUAACUCGUCAGUGUCUUUGUGUGAUAUAGUAUAAAGAAAUCUCUGGCAGAGAAAUAUUCGGAUCAGUACAGAACCAAUUAGCUCAGUUGAAUUUUGGAUAAUGAUGCAAACUGUUGUUCUGUAACCUGAUUCGCUAAUGACAUGUCCAGAAACAAAAAGGGCUUUUGUGAUGCCCGGAGACAUAUCAAAAAUGAGUAACCAUGGAGGUAGAGUGGGAGGUAGGGUCGGAAGGAAAGGUUUAUAGGGUUAGGGUUAGGCAGUGACUUUCAGACACUAUUCACCUAAUUACACGUCGAUGCAGCACCAGUGUGAUGUUAUUUUAUGGUAGAAUGUAUGUAUGUAUGUAUUGCUGCACUUAAAGUCAAGACAUGUCACACCAUACAGUACUGACUGUGUAUGUUUAAGAUGUCAUAUACACUGUAUACAUAGUUAACAGCUAUCUGCAAGAAUAUGUUGUGUUACAUUGAACCGUUCCUUUUUUCUGGACUGUAUUACUGUUACCCUAUUCAUGAAUCUACUAAAUAAACUAAGACCAUAACAGACCA